AUCAACAAGAAGAAAUUAAAACCUUAAAGAAACGAUUACAGAAUUAGCAAAGAAACAUAGAAAAUGAAUUCAAAAGGAGCUGUAGUUGCUACACCAACUCAAGUAUAUGAAGAUUUUGUGCCAUCAUCAAAGCUGGUUAAGGAAGAACAUUGUGACACAAUUCACCUUAAUCUUGCAGGUUUCAAGAAGGAACAGAUGAAGGUUAUACUGACCAGUACAGGAAUUCUGAAGAUCAGCGGACAACGGCCAAUUGGGCAGAAUAAAUGGCAGAGGUUUCACAAGGAAUUUCCUGUUGCAGAAAAUUGUGACAAAAGCAAAAUCAGCGCAAAGUUUGAAAAUGACAUUCUUCGUGUUCAACAGCCAAAGAUAGCUUCACUAGCGAAUAAAGAUAAGGAAUUGGCAGCCAGAGGAGCUGAAAAUACUCCUGCAGCUAAAAGACAGAAGACCAGUUUACGAGACGAAUUUAGUAAACAAGACAAUGCUGAUAUUAAUACUCCUGCAAAAGAAGAACCAAAGAAAGCUAGUCCUAAAAUAGGAGAGCAAACAGAAGCUAAAAGUGUUGCGGAAAAUAAAUUACCAGCAGAUAAAAGUAGUUCAAGUAGUAGUUCAUCCAGUGAAUCCGAAAGUGAAUCGACUGAUGAUGAGACAGAUGAUAUUACGACCGGAAAUACCAGUAAUUAUUUGGCUGCAAACCUGAAGAAGCCAAGGAAAGUGAUCAAAUUGACUCUUGUUGCUCUUUCAGUUCUUGGCAUUGGGCUCUAUGUCGCCAACGUGAUGAAGUCUGCCAAUGAAGCUGAAGAAUGAGACUAUUCUUUGCAUUUCCUCCCUGCUAUGAUUGUGAAUAGAAUUAACUAACAAAGGAUCCCAUUUUCAUUUCUAAAAUGUAAUCAACCAAUUUGUUAUCAAUCAUAAAACCAUCAUUUGAACAAA